AUGCAGAAACAUGACAGGGUGCAGAAACAUGGCAGGGUGCAGAAACAUGACAGGGUGCAGAAACAUGACAGGGUGCAGAAACAUGGCAGGGUGCAGAAACAUGACAGGGUGCAGAAACAUGACAAGGUGCAGAAACAUGGCAGGGUGCAGAAACAUGACAGGGUGCAGAAAUAUGACAGGGAGCAGAAACAUGACAGGGUGCAGAAACAUGGCAGGGUGCAGAAAUAUGACAGGGAGCAGAAACAUGACAGGGAGCAGAAACAUGACAGGGUGCAGAAAUAUGACAGGGUGCAGAAACAUGGCAGGGUGCAGAAACAUGGCAGGGUGCAGAAACAUGGCAGGGUGCAGAAACAUGGCAGG